AUGCUACUCGCGGGGAUAAAGGCUAAUCCAGACGACGUCUACUACUUCGUGGAGGAGCCUCUCUUGCCCACCAGGCUCCCCUUCCUUCAAUCUGAAAAUGGACACGAUGAUCCGCUGCCCGGCUGGCGCAUCAAUAUCUGUUUCCUGUUCAAUGCAACGGGAACAAUCAUGUGUCCGCCUCUUCUGAUAUUCCGCGCGGACGACGCGAUUGCGCAGGGCCUUGAAACACCCCCCGGUUUCACGGUGUUCGUGCGACACAGCGUGGACGGGUUCGUCACGCCCGAGGAGCUGGGACAGCUGCAGUACAUCAUAGACGAGUUCGUACGGCCCGGCCACACUCUCAUGCAUGUUACGGAUUAUGCACACUGCGAGCUAACCCUUCUCCCGCCACGCGUGCAGCGCACCAUCAAUGACACUCCUGCCGCCGAGGACGGGCGCGAGAUAACCCUGCAGACGCAUGCCCUGACCUCGCUGUCAACGGAGCAGGAUCGCCGUAAGCGCAAGGUGAAGCAGGAGUUGCCCCACCCUCGUACCGUGACAUCGGCGGGCAGCUCUGUGAGGGGCGCAGGAGAGGUGCCGCCGCCGCCCAAUGACGACGUCAUUGCCCGUCUUGCCCGCCCCAACUAUCAGCGUGAUUUCCAGGCGUUGGCCCUGUACGGUCCCCAUGGAGUGGGGUGUCAGCUACCAGCACAGGACGUUCUGACUCUCGAAGACGGGCAGUGUUUGGCCGACACCGUUGACUACCUCGCCAUACCGGUGUACUACGAGGGCCACUACUCGCUGGUCAUAGCUACGAAACUCCGCACCAUGGUCAGCGGGAAGCUAUCCGAGACUGCAGAGGGCAGCGUGGAGCUGGUGCAUUACGACAGUGCACAGCUGCACACCAAGAGGCCGGAGGUGAUGGAGGGCGUCAAGAAGAUGUUGCUCAUGCUGCACAAGGCUCAGCUGCCCACGGCCGACCGGAAGCAGGCAGAGGACCACCUGAAGUAUGCCGAAGUCACCAUCAUGCAUCCGGAAGACAUCCCACAACAGUCGAACGCGAUAGACUGUGGGAUUUAUGUGGGCAUGUAUCUUCACACACUGGUGUCAUCCGGCUUCUCAACCCUGAAAGAGUGGAUGUCGUUCUACGGCGUGAAAUCACACGCCUACCGGCGCCAGCUCCGCGAGGAGGUUUCACUCCACACCACAGGUGACCUUUUUGUCAAGCUACUUGGGGAGGGUGUGGAUGUUCCCGUGCAGCCUCUCCCACAGUUGGGUGAACAUGGUGCCCUCGUCUUUCCCAAGGAGGACGAAGUCCGCACCGACCUGGCGAGGCAGUCAGGCAUGAUCACCUGGAUGGAGGUGGGGGGUUACGUUGUGUGUGCUGCUGUCAUGUGCCUGACACGUUCGCUUGGCAUCUCAGAGGAUCAGCUGCUGAGUGGAGCGGCCCACAAGCUGCAGGCACACGGGACGCCUCUGCUGGCGGUGUCCACGUCCAAGAACCACGUGGAUCAUGUUGCAUCCAUGCGGACGCUCGGCAUGACCAUCCACCCGACACCCUGCCCGAUUCCGGUGCCAUCGUUCCCUCCUGCGCAUUUCGAUGGGGCGUCCACCAUUCAGAUGGACCCGACACCAACAGUUGCCAACCCCAUGAGGGCGGAGCAGGAUCACCCAACCGCUCCUGUGACUCCGGCAGCACCGCCGACGGUCUCGCGCGUUGCCAAGUAUACCACGCGUCAGGGGAGUAGGACUGCAUCACGGGCCGUGCGUCAGACCAGCACUGGUCAGCAGAUCAGGCUGGGUGCGUAUAAUGUGGAGCUCGAUGCGGCGUAUGCGUAUGCCGCGACGGCAUUUGUGAUCAGGCGUAAAGACCACAUCCCGCACACGAAGGAGCUGUCGGACGCAGAGAAGGCAUCCCUGGACGGGUGUGUUCGCGACGACGUGCGUCAUCUGGUCAAGGCACGGAUGUGGUGGAGGUGGCGUCAGUGGAGGACAGCAAUGGCAGAGCUGGGCAUUGCUCCUGGUACUCCCUUCCCUCUCGAAAACCAUGGCACUCGCUCGACCAGCAACAGCAGUGGUGACGACGACGUGGAAGACAGGAUGGUGGAAACUGGAAGUGGCUGA